CCAUUAUACGACAGUCGCACUGUUUUGAUGGAAGCAUGAACGCUGCAGUUAACAUGUGCAUGUGAUAACUCAAGGAAGGAUUUCAAAGUUGUAUUUUUUUUUUGUACAGAAUAGCUGACAAUACUGCUCAACAUGCACGAAAGACUUCUUCCAGCCUCUCCCAACUGGUACUGCUCGCGAUGCAGUGACACGAAUGACAAGGGUAUAUUAGGUUUUGGAGCCAAGAAUACCAUUUAUUUGGUGGACGUUACAGCAUCGUCUUGUGUAGUUGUCGGAGAGUUGGUGGGCCACAGAGAAAGAGUAUCCGGCAUAUCGUUCUGUCACCACGGGGACCUGAGUCACAUUUGUGCCAGCACCUCCGACGAUGGCACCGUCAAAUUCUGGGACACCGAUGAGAAAGUCUUCAUUAAGGAACACAAAUCACACCAGAACACCAUCACAGCCCUGCACUGGUCACCAGUCGAUAAGAACCUGGUGGUGUCUGGCGAUGAUAAGGGCAUUGUGGUGUGUUACUGGUACAACACGGGAGACACCAGCAGCUUCUUCCCUGAACCCAGGAACAUCUUCUCCCUCUCCUGUUCUCCUCACACCUGGAACAUCUUGGCUGUUGGGUACAAGGACGGGAUGAUCGUGCUGGUUGACGUCACCAAGAAGGGCGAGGUGGUGCACCGUCUCCGUGGUCAUGACGACGAGAUCCACGCCCUGUCCUGGGCCCCCACGCCCAAUGAGGAGGGGCUACACAGCCGGCCGGAUGACAUCACAGAAUCCACCAAUGGAGUGAGUGAGGGUGCAGAGAAGGGCGGAUACCUGGCUUCAGGAAGCAAAGACCAGACCGUGAGGAUCUGGAGUACGGCAAAGGGCAAAGCUGUGAUGACCCUGAAGCUGCCCUUCCUGAAGAGGCGGGGGUCAGGGGUCGAUCCCGGGGUGAAGGAGAGGCUCUGGCUCACGGUGCACUGGCCUCGGAGCAAGCCCACGCAGCUGCUGUCCAGCUGCUUUGGGGGAGAGCUGGUGCUGUGGGAGUUGGCGCGGGUGGGCAAGCAGAGGUGGAGCCUGCUGGGCGGGUCGGAGGGGCAGAACCACAGCAGGAUCGUGUUCAACAUGAGCUCUGUGCUCCUGCCCGACGGCAGGGAGCUUCUCCUCAGCACCUCCAUGGACCGAGAGGUCAAGUGCUGGGACCUGUCCUCCCUGGACUGCUGCUGGACUCCCACCCUGGGGGGGUUUGUGUACUGCCUGGCCUUCCCCGUGGCCACGGGCAGCCUGGGGCUGGGUGUGGGGGACAGCAUGGUCCGGGUCUGGGGCACACUGGGCCUCCAAAACCGCUACGACACCAAAACCUUCUGGCAGGGCAUCAAGUCCAAAGUCACGGCGUUGUCAUGGCAUCCAGCCAGAGAAGGCUCCUUGGCCUUUGGGACAGACGAUGGCAAAGUUGGCAUCUACGAUGCUUUCUCUAACAAGCCGCCCCAGAUCUCCAGCAGCUACCACAGGAAGACUGUGUACACCCUGGCCUGGCCCCCCGGUGCCCCGAUGUCCUUUGGGGGCCCAGGAGAGUGUGCGGUCCACAGCCUAUACAGCUGUGCAGGGGAGGUCAUCCUGCAGCACGACCCCCGCAGACUGGCUGCUGAAGCCUCCGACAUAGACACCCUCAUCAGAGACACCAACAACAUCAAGCACAAGCUGUCGCCGCACACAGACCUCAGCUGGAAACCGGACGGCCGGGUCGUCGCCAUCGGCAACGAAGACGGGUCCAUUGAGGUGUACCAUGCCCCCAGUCUGAAGCUGCUAUGCAGCAUCCAGCAGCACCACAAGAUCAUCAACGUCCUGCGCUGGCACCACCAGCACGCCGGCCCCGAGCUGCAGCACCUGCUGGCCUCCGGCUCCAGCAAUGCCGUGGUCUACGUCCACGACCUGAGCGCUGUCAUAGAGAACCCUCCUGAUUCGCCGGCGGUGAUGACGGAGGCGUACCGGAGCCUGGCGGGUCACACGGCCAAGAUCACCAGCCUGGCCUGGAGCCCUCACCACGACGCCCGGCUGGUCACCGUGAGCUACGACAGCACCGCCCAGGUGUGGGAUGUGCUGAAGGAGGAGGGGGUGUGUAACUACCGGGGCCACCGGGGCAAGCUGCUGUGUGUCCAGUGGUCCCCCGUGGAGCCCGACGUGGUCUGGACCGGAGGAGACGACUUCACCGUCCAGGAGUGGAACGUCUCCAAGCAGGAGCACGCCAGGCCCCCUAAAGGGAAGAAGACCCUGGAGCUGAGGGAGAAGUCGAAGGCCAAGGCCAAGAAGAAGAAGAAGGCGCCGGGGAGAGGCGUGGCGAGGGCUGAGGAGGCCCCGUCCCCCUCUCUCAGGGGGGAGGGGGAUAAGGGAGGGGCGGGGGCGCCUGUGGCCGGAGAGGGGCUGUCCGAGGAGGAUGAGGAGGAGGGGAGCGAGGCCACCAGCACCAGCAGCUCUACAGUCACAGCUCGUCCCCCCAGCCUCCCGGUGGAGAGACCAGCGGUGGAGAAGCAGCCCUGUGGGGGGAAGACCUUCGCCUCCAUAAAGAGAGACCUGAAGAAAGAGAAAGCGGAGCCCUCCUCCUCUCUGAAGAAGCGUAAGCCUCGCUCCAUGCUGCCUCUCAGCACCUCCAUGGACCACCGGCCCAGAGAAGACCUCCAGCAGGACAUCCUCACCCUGGCCACCGCCAGGCACCAGGGCCCCCCAGCCCACUGUGUUCCUGGCCAGGGAGAGCACAUCCAGCUGGGGCUGUUUGCCGACAGACAGGCCCUGUCCAGGAUGUUCAAGGAGGAGGAGGAGGGCCAUCUGGAGGCGGGUCACUACGACUGUGUGGUCUACCUCAGGCUGUGGUCUGGUGACAUCACCGGCGCUCUGCAGGUCGCCACGGAGAAGGGCGAGCUCAACGACCACCUGCUGUCUGUGGCUCCCAUGGCGGGGUACCAGGUGUGGUGUCGGACGGUGGAGGCCUACGUCAAGCAGCUGUGUCAGCAGGAGUCGUACCAGAAGGCCGCAUCUCACCUGCUCUCUAUCCACAAGGUGUACCCGGCCAUCGAGCUACUGAGAGAUCACCAGCUGUACAGGGAGGCCAUAGCCCUGGCCAAAGCUAGGUUGCAGGAGGAUGACCCGGUCCUCAAGACCCUGUACACCUUCUGGGCCGGCCAGCUGGAGAAGGACGGACACCUCGCCACUGCUGCCAAGUGUUAUCUGGCGGCGGGCUCCCCUUUCGACGCGGCCAAGGUCAUCGCCAAGAAGAACGACGUGGGCUCUCUGAAGACGGCCGCCGGCCUGGCGGGCGUGGCGGGCGAGGUGGAGCUGUCCCGCUCCCUCGCGCUGCGCUGCGCCAAGGACCUGGCGCACGCACACGACUGGCCCGGAGCUCAGCAGGUCCUCGCCACACACCACAGCCUACUGGCCCACCGCCUCCACUUCUGCACCACUGAGAUGCUGAGCGCGUGCCUGUCGGGGGUCGACGGUGUCCCCCAGACCUCCCUCCCCUCUCACCCCUGGGCCUCCCCCGUUCUGGGGGAGGCCGGCCUCCUGGGGGGGGUGAGGGAGGUCUGGGGGAGGGAGUUUGGAGUGGGAGAGGGAGACCAGGAGAAGCUGCAGGGCCUACAGCAGGUGCUGAGAGCUGUGGAGAGCCCACAGCCCAGUCCCAACAUCCCCCUGAAGCAGCUCCUUAAUCACCUGUCACUGGACCUGACUCUCGCGGCCCUCAGCUGGUUGCUUAGCGACCAGGGGGCGGCCCUGGAGGGGAUGUGGCGGGGCGUGGCCAGGGCCAGGGAGGCAGGGCUGUUCUCCCUGGUGGCGGAGACCUGCUCGCUGCUCUUCCCUCGAGGUGUGGGCUCAGUCCGGGGCUUCUCCUCGUCCCUGGAGCCGGGCCAGGAGCCGGGCUGGCUCUCCAGCAAGAGCCUGGAGGCCUUCGUCUGCUACUACUGGCUGUACGGGCUGUGGUGGGCCCUGAGCACCGAGAGGAGGGCCGGUGGAGAGAGCCAGGGACCCGACGGGCCUCGCUCCCUCGCGGAGACACGGAACGGCUCGGCGACACCGGAGAUGCAGAACGGAGAGAAGGAGGAGGAGAAGGAGGAGGUGCUGGUGGUCAAGCAGAAUGGCCUGGCCGAGCCCGCGGGAGUGUGCGCGAGCGCCACGCCCGGGGUGUGCGUGACCUCCCGGCCGCCCCAGCAGCAGGAGGGGGCGGAGGGGAGGUGCAGGGCGGCCUGCGACCUGCUCCUCUCGGAGCCCCACGCCAUGCACCAGGCCUCCCAGAGAGCCAUCGCUGAGAUCCAGCUUCGACUGGCCUCCAUGGUGCACCAGCACAGCCGCGCCCAGAAAACUGAGCCCCCUGCUGGGGAAGGCCAGGCCUCCCCUCCCUCCUCCACCACCACCCAGGAACCCACACAGCCAGACAGCCAGGAGUCCACAGCUGCUCCUCAAUGCGCUGGCGGCGACACCCUGCCAUCCCUGGUCGCCAUGGUUUCCCAGCAUCACAAAGAGCUGGAGGGGCUGCCAGAUGACGUGAAGAAGAGCGAGCUCCCAGACGUCAUGGAGUGCUGCCUGGUCAUCCUCUACCUCAGUCAGAGCUGCUCUCUGGUCGGGGCGGCCAAUCAGACGCUGGCUCGCGACCUGCUCACCAAACACGGCACGACCUCCGACCUCCGCAAGGCCGCCCAGCGCUUCCUGUCCUAACCGUCACUACAGAACGAGCCUUCGUUAUUUUCUUCGAUUCCAGCUCUUUAUCGUGUAACUGACUUGUUUCGUCGUCCUUUCUAAGUGUAACGUGAGAGCACUUGGCCUGAAUGGCAGGUUUAUACUGUAUGGUUGUAUGAAUAAAACCUUUUUGUUUUCUCUA